AUGUCUUACUUUUGUGAAUAUUCGCAACUAUCUGAAGAAAUCCAAGAGUUACAAAAAGAAAUAGCCGAACUAUUCAAUAAAGAAGAAGAAAUAAUCGCCACAAACGACUUUACCGAAAUAAAUAACUAUUAUCAAAAUCUCGAGCAUAAACAAGAAAUUUAUACAAACCUUUUAGCAGAACUUGAAGAUUGGAUAAACUUAGAUACUUACGAAGGCCAAAAAAUCUUCGAAGAAAAAUACAAUCUUAAAAGAGCAAUAAAUAGCAUUCUAAAUAAACGAAA